UCUCUUGCAGGAAAUCAUGGAAGGAGAGUCUGUCAUCUCCAUGGAUAAUUUCUCUUCAAUGAGUUUGUAUUCAGAGCUAAUGGGUGCUGUGAGUAUUCUGAGAGAAUCCUUCAAAAUUUUACUUAGAAGUGGAAAGUUAACAGCUUCAACCACCAUCAUGACCCUUAUUCCCAAUUCUCUUCUCUUCUUGAGUAACAUUUUAUCCAUCAAAUUACUUUUAUUUGAUUUGUUCACAAAAUCACAUCUCUUAUAUUCCAUUGAUCCAUUUGCUAUGGAUUUCUUUGAGUUGGUUCUUUGCAUAAAAGAAGAUAUUCAAGUUCUUUCAGGGGUGAAAUUGAUCUUCUUCCUCACUUACUCCCUUGUCACACUCUUCUCAAUCUUAACUUUACUUUUCUCAUCAACAACAUCUUAUUCAAGCAAGAAUUUUGAACCUAAGGAGUUGAUUUCCAAGAUUGGAAGGACAUGGGUAAUGCCAUUGAUCACUUGGGUAUAUAUUACCCUAAUGGGUAUUGGUUAUACUCUCCUUCUUGUGGGUCUUAUAGGUCUUCUAAUGUUGAAUUCAGAUGGUUUGGCUGCCAUGAUUUUCGCCGGCGGUGUUCUUCUUAUUCUCUCAAUCUCUUUAUUUCUUCAUUCCGCAGUAAUUUGGAUGUCAGGUCUUGUAAUUUUUGUGGUAGAGGAGAGUUGCUAUGGAAUUGAAACAGUUGAGAGAUCUAAAGAAUUUAUGAAUGGAGGAACAUUACAUUGGAUAGUUCUUAAUCUUCUAUCAAUGGUGACUGGUUAUGUCAUGUUGAUUGCUUUCCAAUUACUAAAGUUUAAUCAAACAUUACUAGCUCUCUUCAUUGUUGGAUUGAUUAUUGUAAAUGUGAUUUGCUUGAUGAAGAUAUUCAGUUUGAUGGCAUAUAUGGUGUUCUACUAUCAGUGCAAGAAGAGAUAUGGAGAUGAGCUAGAAUGGCCAUUACAGAUGGGGUAUAGCAGCUUAAUUGAUGUUUUUGUUUAG